GGAAGCCGUGGACAGGGGAGGGUUGGUUUGCGACAGUGGUUGUGGGUGUUAGCCAGGAAAGAGCGGGUGACGGGGGCAGGGAGGUUGGCCCACAGUCCCUGCUGCCUCCUGAACGCGGGCUGAGCAGCCCCGAAUCCCACGGCGGAGAUGGAAUGCUAGCACCAGCAGAGUUCUAUUUUCGAACGUUGGGUUGCUUUUUCCACUCGGACGCGACGCACCGACGAGGCGGGGAUACAGCAAAACAGGGACUUUUCUUUUGGGCGUUGGGACUGGGGUGCGGGGUGGGGGGCGGUUACCUUCCUUCCCGUCGUCCCUACUCCACUCCUCAUGUCAGGAUGCUCACAGAGAGGAUUACCCUGGCGACCAAGUGGAAGAAAAUGAUCGGGUGUGGGCUCUGGACUCAUGGGGUCGAGUUAUGUGGCAGCCCGAUUGUGUGUGUUUCCCCUUAAAAGACCGGUCAAUCUCUGCAGGAUUGAAGAAGGGACUCUAUUCCUCUUACUUCCCCAGGCCGCUGGUCCUGCUGCAGAUCUAUGCUUAGAGAAGACUUCAUAUUGACUCAGAAACACACCCCUAGCUACAGAAGGAGGGUUGGGGAAGGGCCCUGGAUGCAACAAUUGCAAGAAGAAUGAAAGUUUAUUGGGCGCGGCUAGCGCUUUGAUUUAAAUCUGCUCGGGUUGAAAACCCCGCAGAGCGCUGGUUCAGUGCGCCGUGGACGCCUCACUGACUCGGGCACCCGCUUGACUACCGAGUGGGAGGGGGAAGGGCACUCUUGCAGCUUUCAGAGUGAUGCGGGAACGGUUUGAUGGUUUUUAGAAAGUGCCUCGGUGUUUGCUGCGUUCGAAAGUCUGACUGAGCGACGGGGUCCGGGUGGGGAACGGCUUUCCUACACCCCCUCCUCCUUUUCUUCGCUGUCUUGGUUCCAGAGCCACAGAGAUUUCCCGUGGGACUUAGAGACCGCGGGAGAAAGACGACUUGAAAACUUCGUUGGGGGGUUCCGAAAGGAGACGGAGGGGCCCAGACUCCACACUCCUUCCAUAUUGUUGGGGGUAGGGUUUGUGAAGGGAGGGCGGGUCAGGGCCGGGUAAAGGGGAGUGCCUUUCAGUACAACUUUCUCCGGAGAACCUGUUGGCCAUGUGAUUUUGGUAUCUUCCCACCCCCGCCCCCCGCAGCAGCAUCUCACCAUGAAGAAGGAGUCUAAGACUGGAGGAAGAGGUCUCCGUCCCUGGCUAUGAGCGCCCACCUUCACAGCCAUUCUCAUUUCCAAUAGAUAGUUUCCCCGCAAUGAGUACCUUAACUAGCCAGCACCCUGAAUCGUGGGACUAAAGGUCACUGGGGAAGGAGAUGACUCUGUUCUGAGAGCCGCUCGAAGGGAAGAUAACAGCUGCUUUUUAAAAGGACAAAACCGGGGAAUAUGGAGGACUUUACCACUAGGACCUAUGGCACCAGUGGCCUGGACAACAGACCUCUGUUCGGAGAAACUUCGGCAAGGGAUCGAAUCAUUAACUUAGUUGUUGGCAGCUUGACGUCCUUGCUGAUUCUGGUAACUCUGAUCAGUGCUUUUGUGUUCCCUCAACUACCUCCAAAACCACUGAAUAUAUUUUUUGCCGUUUGUAUCUCCUUGAGUAGCAUUACUGCCUGCAUACUUAUCUAUUGGUAUCGACAAGGAGAUCUGGAGCCGAAAUUUAGAAAUCUAAUUUACUAUAUCUUGUUUUCUAUCAUCAUGCUAUGUAUAUGUGCCAACCUGUACUUCCACGAUGUGGGAAAGUGAUGCUGCCAAUGAAUAAGAAUCAGACUGUUCUCAGCUACAGACUAAGACUUGGAACAGGAAUUCCGGGUAAAGUAAACUGAAGAAGCAGCAAGAUUGUGCAGGAAUUCAAUACAUGAUUUUCAUGUUAACUACAAAUCUAAAUUCCCUCUUGGUGGGGAGAUAAGAUGUGACAUUGUGCUUUUCCUUUUUUAGAGAGCUGAUGGUGCACUUUAAAGAACAUUCCACAUAUAUGGAUUCAGAAUGGCACAAGUUAUUUUCACUUUUGGAAUCUUAUUUUUUUUUAUAAUGUACUAUAGCACUGGGAGGGGGUUAUAGAACAGACAACAUCUUAGAGUUCUAAGACAAAUAUUCUUUUAUUUCUGUUAAACUGAAUAUACAAUUAUUUUGUUCCCUAUGCAACCAACCAUUGCUUGUAACUACAAUUUAAUUUCACAUUAACAAAAAAAAGCACAUUAGAUGGUAAAAAGACAAAAACUCUGAUUGUGAAAAUCUAAUUACAAUAAUAAAUAAAAUAAUUUAUACGA